AUGUCUCAGGAAGGGAAGGAAGCAAUGGGAAAGAAGUCAAACCAUGAGAAGCAUAAGAUGACUGAGAGGGAAAGAAGGAAGAAAAUGAAUUGUUUGUAUUCUAAUCUUCAUUCUUUGCUCCCUAAUCCUCCUCCUAAGGCAAACAAAACAAUGAUUAUUGAUGAAGCAGUGAACUACAUCUUAACCCAAAAAACAACCCUCAAAAACCUUCAAAAACAGAAGCUAGACAAGUUCCUUGGAGGCCUUGCUUUACUCUCAACAAGGGAGACAUUCAUGGCGGAUCAAGCUGCCAACAACAAUUCUGCAGGAUCACAUGAUGCUUUUUCUGUUUCGGCUUCUGAUCACCUUCCAGUAGGCAUGAAAACAUGGACAUCUUCCAAUGUGGUGCUUAAUAUCUGUGGAAAUGAUGCUCAAUUUUCAGUUUAUGCACCCAAGAAGGCUGGACAGUUUACUGCUAUUUGUGGUGUUCUUGACAAGUAUAAGUUGAAGGAAACCUAUGUUAAUAUAUCAUCUGAGGUUAAUCGCUAUGUUUACAUCAUUCAGGCGAAUGUGGCAAAAGAGGGUUUUCAAAACCAGUUCUCAGCAGAAAGCAUAGAAGAAGUAUCCAAGCAAGCAGCAACUGAGAUAAUGUCGUUGAUCUCAUAUUGA